AUGGCAGCUGCUUUGCCUCUGAGAAACUUGGAGGAUGAGGUGCUGUGCUCUAUCUGCCUUGACUACUUGAAAGAACCAGUGACCAUAGACUGUGGUCAUGUCUUCUGCUAUUCCUGCAUCAUUAAAGUCUGUGAAUGUUCCGGGCAGCCAUUAUAUUGUUCUCUCUGCAAAACAGCUUUUAAGAAAGAGAAUAUCCGCCACGUGUGGCAGAUGGCCAGCUUGGUGGAGAAUAUCUGGAGGAUGAAGAUAGAUCAGGACAGGCAACCCAGAGAAGACAGACCACCUGAGAAAAGAACAGAGAAGCUGUGUGGGCGACAUCUAGAGAAGCUGCAUUACUACUGUAAGGAUGACCAGCAGAUACUGUGUGUGAUGUGUCGGGAAUCACCAGAACACAAGCACCAUGCUGCUGUUCUCCUGGAGAAGGCUGCAAAGCCUUACCGGGGUAAAAUUCUAAACCAUCUGAAGAUUCUGAAGGCAGACAGGGAUAGAAUUCAGAAUUUUCAGUCUACAAGAGAAGAUGAGAUUCAGACCCUGCUGACAGAGUUGCAGAACCACAGGCAAAGCAUAGUGUCAGUGUUUGAACAGGGCCAUCAGUUCCUGAGAGAAAAAGAACAGUACCUGCUGGACCUGCUGGUGGGGCUGGAGCAGGAGCUCAUAGAAGGCAGGAGCAGCCACAGCACCAGAGGCUCAGAGGAGGUAGUGCGGCUCGGAACCCUCAUUUCUGAGUUGGAGAAGAAGGUUCGGCAGCCAGCACUUGAACUUUUGCAGGACACAAGUGACAUAAUAAGCAGGUAUCCACGGAAGAAGUUCUGGAUUGAAAAGCCUAUCAUCAGUCCUGCAGUUAAAAAAAGGGCAGAAGAAUUUUCUGAUAAAAUUCUUAUUUUAGAGAAAGGACUGAGAGGAUUCCAUGGGAAAUUGACGAGGGACCUGGAAUAUAAAACAAUGAGAGUCAUCCUGAAUGCUCAGACAGCCAAUGGAUACCUCUUGGUGUCUCCAGAUGGGAAGAGUGUGAUACUCACUGACUUGUGGAUGAACAGAUGCCAGCAUUGGCAGCAGUUUGAUCCUGAGCCUGGUGUGCUAGGCAGCCAGGGCUUCACCUGGGGGAAAGUGUGCUGGGAAGUGAAAGUAGAUAGGAUCUGGUGGAGAGAAGAGGAGGAGGAAGAAGUAGCAAAACACAGAGGUGCAGUGUUUGGUGGAGUCUUAGGAAUCACUGAUGCACACAGUUCUGGAUUUAGAAACGAGAGUGAAGAGUUGGAAGAACAGUGGGCUCAGGAAGAUGGAAUGUGGUCUAAAUUCUGCUUGGUGGUGGGGGUGGCAAGGGAGUCAGUUGAGAGAAGAGGGUCUCUCACUUUCACCCCUGAGGAGGGAUUCUGGACUCUGCAGCUGUCUUCAGCUGGGGUCUGGAUCCGUACUGGCCCUGAGCCCUUCCAGGUCCUGUCCUACUGUCCAAGACAGAUUGGCAUUGCCUUGGAUUAUGAUGGAGGAAAGGUAACCUUUACCAAUGCUAGAACUCAAGAGUUUAUCUAUGAAUUCUCAUCUUCCUUCACAGGGAGAAUUUUUCCUUUUCUUUUGGUUAAUUGCAUGAGAUCCAGACUUACCCUCAAACCCUGA